UGGCUGUGGAAUAGAUUGCGGCCAGCAGGCCAAACGAACGAUUAAAAACGAAUCAUGAUUCUCGAGUCGUUCAAAAAGAACGAAUCGUUCCCGAACUGCCCAUCACUCGUACCCCCGCCCUUCUCUCUUUUCUUUUCAUUUUGCGCCCUCAUCAUCCAGACAGACCCGUUUGUGCAGCGAAACCACAUACAAGAGGAAGGUAUUCUCUCCACAUCUGUGCAUUGUAUUGUUAUUUCAUUAUAUAAUUAUCGUCAUAUAACAGUUAAGAGUCAAGACAUCAACACGUUUGAUCGAAAACAGAGUAACAUUUUACGGAAACCACCAAGCUCCUCCAAUAUCCUGUCUUCCAGACACAUACUAAACCACCACCACAAACACACCACCCAUCACCCUUAUCAUGCAGACAGUCUAGGUCUGUUUCCCUGGCUGUGACCCACCCGAGGCUGAGGCAGCUUCUCCUACAGAGCUCCACACCCCCAGGGGGACCCCCACAGAGAUGGCUGAUUCAGACCCCUCGUCCCCCUCCGAUCCCCCACGGCCACUGAGCUCCCCCCGCACCCCUCUCUCCCUUUCAUUCCCCUUCCUCAGGGAGGGAAGUCGGGUGUGGGAGAGGGAAAGGAAACCCCCCCUGAUGCCAGGCGAGCUGCCAAGCCCUCUGCCCACCAAACGCACCCGCACAUACUCCGCUACGGUGCGGGCCAGAUCAGGCCCAGUGUAUAAGGGUGUGUGUAAGACCUUCUACAGGUCCCAGGGUCAUGGCUUUAUAAAGCCCUCCAACGGUGGAGAGGACAUCUUUGUACACAUCUCUGAUAUCGAUGGAGAAUACGUGCCCAUGGAAGGUGACGAGGUCACGUACAAAGUCUGUUCCAUCCCCCCCAAGAACCAGAAGAUCCAGGCGAUGGAGGUUGUCAUCACCCACUUGGCCCCAGGAACCAAGCAUGAGACCUGGUCUGGACAGAUCAUCAGCUCCUAGACCUCCACCUGCAUCUGCAAAGAGGCAGUAUGGUGGAGGGUGGGGGUUGGGAGGGAAGGUGGGAAGGAGCCUGGAGAGGUAAAGGGGGAGGAGGGAGAAGUGGAGUCCAGGGUAGGGAGAUAAGGUGGGGGAGGUAGGAGCCUAGAGGUAAAGGGGAGGAAGGAGGAAGUAAACAAGCACAGGGAGCAGUGGAAGGAGUGAUUAUGUGAAGGUGUAACCCUGAGGGUUGGAAUGUGGUAAUAUAAGGCUUAAGACAGCGUUAAGUAGGUUUCAGUUGGAAUGUGAAUGAGGAAAAGUUAAAUAUUUAAGUUAGGAAAAGGGUCCAGGUUAAAUUGGAUUAAAGGUUGAUGGUUUUUUAAAGAUUAUUUAAGAUGGCAGGAGUCUAGUACGUUUUAAUAAGACACUGCUGUAAGGAAAACUGUGAAACAAAGAGCAACAAACCUUCCUAAAUUAUGUUGUUUUUAUUCAUACUUUGAUUUAUUUAUUUAAUUUUUAUUCGUUAUGACAAGUGAGGUAGAUAUUGUUAAGAUUAUACAUUUGUGUUUUAAUGCCAAUAUAUGCCUGGUCUAACCCAUCGCACAAUUCACUCUGAUGAUACUGCCCUGGUAACGCCCACUCCUUCAGUCUAAUGUUGACCAAUGACAAUUUAUUAAUCUUUGUAACAGAGUUAUUGAUGAUUACUAUAUGAGGUUCAAAACUCCUUUUUUUAAAUCAUUAAAACACAUGUUAUCCAUAGUUAUAGACAAGAAAUGAACAUGUACUGUUGUCAAUAGUCUCCUUUCAUCAUGCAGUUUUAGUCUUUUGUAAGCAUAAUUAGGUUUAUAUGCAUUGUUAAUACCAUGUUUUAUUUAUUGUGACUAAAUUAUAUAGUACUAUGUCUCUUCUUAUUUUGGGGAACUGUUUGAAGUUUCAUUGUGUUCUAGAGCACUUUUUACGUCGAUUCACUGUGACUAGCGUGUUGUCAUUAGGAUAAAAAGUUACUACUGUAUUAUUCACA